GAUAUUAAUUAAAAUGAACGAAAAUAUUGUAAACGCAAAAUUCGGCUAUAUAAGAUCUCGAGUUGAAAAUAACGGUUUAAUGUAAAAACAUUGCUUAUUGAAGAUGGCAAAAAUAUUACUGUUCGUCGCUAGUGUAAUAGCUUUAUUGCAGGCUUUUCUUGCAGCUCCUGCAGCUCAAUAUGGCGGCUACUACUACUAUCCAUACCCUCCACUUCCACCCGCAACAACUGCAGCACCGGCAGCUCCAUAUGCCAACCCUCCACUUCCAUCUAGUGCUCCCACAACAACGGCAUUUCCCAACCCACCUCUUCCAUCACAGUUGACGACAACAACAACAGUAGCACCUACUACCACUCCAUAUCCAGACCCACCUCUACCAUCUGGAACUACGACAACAACUAAAUAUCCAAACCCACCUCUUCCAUCCGGAACUACAACAACUGCAGCUGCUACAACAGCUGCAGCUGCUACAACAACAGCAGCUAGUACGACAACUGCAGCCGGUACGACAACUGCAGCCGAUACAACAACUGCAGCAGGUACAACAACUGCAGCCGGUACAACAACUGCAGCCGGUACAGCAACUUCAUACCCAAACCCACCUCUUCCAUCCGUUGCUACAACUACUGCAGCAGGCACAACAACUCCAGCAGCCACAACUUCUAUUCCAGCCACAACAACUGCAGCAGUAACUACAGCUGUAGCACCAGCCACUACUGAAGCACCAGCCACUACCGAAGCACCAGCCACUACUGAAGCACCAGCCACUACUGAAGCACCAGCCACCACUACAGCUCCAGCCACUACUGAAGCCCCAACAACAGCUGAAGCCCCAACAACAGCUGAAGCCCCAGCAACAGCUGAAGCCACAACAACUACUGAAGCACCAGCAACUACUGAAGCGCCAGCCACUUCUGAAGCGUCAGCCAUUACUGAAGCACCAGCCGCUUCUGAAGGCCCAGCAACUAUUGAAGCACCGACAACGCCUGAAGCACCUGCAACUGCUGAAGAGCCAGCCACCACUGAAGCGCCAACCACUACUGAAGCGCCAACAACUACUGAAGCGCCAGCCACUACCGAAGCACCGGCGACUACUGAAGCCCCAGCAACUGCUGAAGUCCCAGCAACUGGUGAAGCCCCAGCAACUGGUGAGGCCCCAGCAACUACUGAAGCCUCAGCAACUACUGAAGCCCCAUCAACUAUUGAGGCAUCAGCAACUACUGAGGCCCCAGCAACUGCUGAAGAGCCAGCCACUACUGAAGCACCAGCCACUACUGAAGCGCCAGCCACUACUGAAGCCUCAGCAACUACUGAAGUCCCAGCAACUGCUGAACUCCCAGCAACUACUGAAGCACCAGCCGCUUCUGAAGGCCCAGCAACUAUUGAAGCCCCGACAACGCCUGAAGCACCUGCAACUGCUGAAGAGCCAGCCACCACUGAAGCGCCAACCACUACUGAAGCGCCAACAACUACUGAAGCGCCAGCCACUACCGAAGCACCGGCGACUACUGAAGCCCCAGCAACUGCUGAAGUCCCAGCAACUGGUGAGGCCCCAGCAACUACUGAAGCCCCAGCAACUACUGAAGCCCCAUCAACUAUUGAGGCCUCAGCAACUACUGAGGCCCCAGCAACUGCUGAAGAGCCAGCCACUACUGAAGCACCAGCCACUACUGAAGCGCCAGCCACUACUGAACUCACAGCAACUACUGAAGCCCCAGGAACUACUGAACUCCCAGCAACUACUGAAGCCCCAGGAACUACUAAGGCCCCAGCAACUGCUGAAGCACCGGUGUCAAAAUAAUUUAAUUCUGUCAAAUUUUUGAAAUCAAAUAUUUUAAAUAAAUCAUUCUGAUUUGUUGCAGGAUAUUCUUUUGUGCCAGUCUCUAUCAUGAUUUACCAUGCUCACACAGGUGAUUAAGUUAAAUGCAUGGCAGACGGACGUGUUUUUACAUCGCUAUACCUUUAUGUAGUCUAU